AAGUUUUGUUAUUUGGGUUCAAGAUAUUAUUUAAUUUUGAUUAUUUUGGUUGCUCAAAUACAAACUAGACAACAUAACUUUUCUCCGCAGUCGCUUAUCUUCUACACACCCUCCCUCUCCCUUCCAUCUCGCUUCCUAAUUUUGGACUCUAUAUUCUCACGCCCCCUCUUCCUCUCUCCAAUCCAAAUUUUGGACUUGCGAUAUGCAAGAAUGAUAUCAUUUUGCUAGAAAUCGAUCAACAUUCUUCUUCAUUUCUGUUUCGGAGUCAAAAUGUUAAGUUUUUGGAGGUUGUUUAUUGCGUUAAUUUUGCUGGCGAGCUUGGUUUCCGGAGCAGCUGUUUUGCCCCCUGAUGAAGUGGAAUCGCUGAGGGUAAUAGCGAAGAGGUUAGGGAAGACGGAUUGGGAUUUCAGCGUGGAUCCAUGCAGCGGGUUGUCGGGUUGGGCCACCCUGAAUCCGGUUAGAGGCACCGAAAAUGCACUCACUUGCAACUGCACAUUCGAUAAUACUACUACCUGCCAUGUCACAAGCAUAAUUCUGAAGGCCCAGAACCUUAAUGGAUCAAUCCCACCCGAGCUCGUCAGACUUCCAUUCCUUCAAGUGAUUGACCUCACUCGGAACUACCUCAACGGCAUCAUCCCUCCAGAAUGGGGUUCCAUGAAUCUUGUAAAUAUUUCUAUGUUCGGAAACCGUAUAAGUGGUUCGAUACCAAAAGAGCUCGCCAACAUCACUACACUCCAAGAGCUUGUUUUGGAGGGCAAUCAGUUGACUGGAACCAUUCCUCCCGAGUUGGGGAAUUUUCCUCAAAUCCGUAGAUUGCUGUUUGCUUCCAACAAUCUAACCGGAGAGUUACCCACAAGUCUAGCAAAAUUGGCCACUUUGACAGACUUUCGUAUUAGCGAUAAUUAUUUCAAAGGAAGCAUACCGAAUUUUGUUCAGAACUGGACAAAUAUGGAAAGACUAGCGAUUCAGGCUAGUGGUCUAGCUGGGCCAAUCCCUUCUGGUAUUGCUUCCUUAACCCAAUUGACUGACCUGAGAAUCAGCGACUUGAAUGGGAAUGAUUCAAGUUUACCAUCUCUUAGUCCAUUGAAAAAUAUAAAGAAUCUGAUAUUGAGAAGUUGCAAUAUUGUCGGGACGUUGGCAGAGUCUAUUGGAGAUUUGACGACACUUAAAGUAUUAGAUCUAAGUUACAACAAAUUAACAGGACCAAUUCCCGAGAGCUUUGUUCACCUAUCAAACACGGACUUCGUCUAUUUAACUGGGAAUUCUCUGAGUGGGCCGCUGCCAGCUUGGAUGCUGAAAGACGGGGACAGAAUUGACUUGUCUUACAACAACCUUACAUCUGGAAGCUUACCAGCAGAGUGUCGGCCGCGUAACCUAAACCUGUUUGCCAGCUCGAAAGGAAACACCAUCGGUGUUGCUUUGUGCUUAAGUAGAACCUGUGAGAAAAAGUAUCACUCUCUCCACAUAAACUGUGGAGGAGGACAUGAAGUGGAUGACAAAGGAUCUAGCUACGAUGAGGAUACAAAUUCUGGUGGGCCUUCGGAUUUCUACUUAGGUAGGACAAACUGGGGAUUCAGCAGCACUGGUCACUUCUUGGAUGAUGAUCGCCCUACAGACUCCUUCACCUGGCAAAAUACCUCAAGCAUUUCUGGACAGAACGAGAAGCUCUACAGAAAUGCACGCCUUUCUCCCCUCUCGUUGACAUACUAUGGAUUUUGUUUGAUGAAUGGAAACUACACAGUAAACCUUCACUUUGCGGAGAUCAUGUUUACUGACGACAGAACAUAUAGUAGCCUCGGAAGGCGUGUAUUUGACGUCUACAUUCAGGGAAAGCUGGUGCUGAAGGAUUUCGACAUUGAACUCGAAGCAGGAGGAGUGAACAAGCCACUCACUAAAAACUUCACUGCAGUUGUUACUGAUACUACCUUGGACAUUCACUUCUACUGGGCUGGAAAGGGUACAAGUGGCAUUCCUGUUCGAGGAGUCUAUGGUCCUCUCAUUUCAGCCAUAUCCGUUGAUCCUAACUUUACGCCCCCGUCAGAAGGUGGAAGCAGUAUUUCCGGAGGUGUUAUAGCUGGUAUAGUGGUAGGAGUUCUCUCCGCAGUCAUUUUAGUUCUUGGUAUUCUCUGGUGGAAGGGAUGUUUCAAACGUAAAGACUCGAUGCAUGAUGAUUUAAAGGGUUUAGACCUUCACACCGGAACAUUUACCCUAAGGCAAAUCAAAGCUGCUACAAACAACUUUGAUCCUGCUAAUAAGAUCGGUGAAGGUGGUUUUGGUCCCGUAUUCAAGGGCAUUUUAUUAGACAACACAGUCAUUGCUGUGAAGCAGCUUUCUUCCAAAUCAAAACAAGGGAACCGCGAAUUCAUAAAUGAAAUAGGCAUGAUUUCUGCUCUACAACACCCUCAUCUUGUUAAGCUGUACGGAUGCUGUAUCGAAAGCAAUCAGUUGUUGCUUGUGUACGAGUAUUUGGAAAACAACAGCCUUGCUCGCGCACUAUUUGGUCCAGAAGAUCAGCAAUUGCAUCUGGACUGGCCUACGAGGCACAAGAUCUGCAUCGGCAUAGCAAGAGGUUUGGCCUACCUCCACGAGGAAUCAAGACUGAAAAUCGUCCAUCGUGACAUCAAGGCCACAAACGUGCUUCUCGAUAAAGACCUAAUACCUAAGAUAUCUGAUUUCGGACUUGCCAAGCUUGACGAAGAUGAUAAUACUCAUAUAAGCACGCGCGUUGCUGGAACAUUUGGAUACAUGGCCCCUGAAUACGCGAUGCGAGGCUAUUUGACAGACAAAGCAGACGUAUACAGCUUCGGAGUAGUUCUGUUGGAAGUCAUCAGUGGAAAGUGCAACACCAGUAUCAAGACCAAGAAUGAAUGCUUUUAUCUUCUUGAUUGGGUCAAUACUUUGAAGAAGAGUGGGAAUCUGAUUGAGCUAGUGGACACAAGACUAGGCUCGGACUUCAACAAAGAAGAAGCGAUGACGGCCAUCAACGUGGGGCUCCACUGCACGAAUGCAGAGGCCGCGGAGAGGCCAAGCAUGUCGACAGUGGUGAGCAUGCUCGAGGGAAAGGUGGGCGUUCAGCACUUCGCCUCAGACAUGAAUGUCUCGGUUGGGAAGGUGAAGGCUGAGGAGGCCGUAGAGGUGCAGAGUAUAUCCACGGAUGUGCCGUGGACCGGCUCCUCGGCAUCCACUGCUGAUCUCUAUCCAGUCACAGUGGAUACUGAGUACUGGGAGAAGCGAGGUCUCUAAAUUUGUUAACUAUAUAUGUUUGUUUGUUCUGUCAAUCAAUUCAACGUGAUAAAUGCCAGACUUUCCUUUUUUUUAUAAUUUCAAAAUUGAUCAUUCGUCCCAAGAUAGUUGAGUCGUAUUCUUUUUUAUGGAUUGUCCCAAAAUAAUUGAGUUAUUUCAUUUUUAUCAAAAAUAUUAUCAUCUCUCAUA